AUGGCUUCUUUCAGUAGUGCAGCUCUAGAGAAAAGGUUAACUGAAUUAUCGAACUCGCAACAGAGUGUACAAACUCUAUCUCUAUGGAUGAUGCAUCAUAGAAAACAUUCAAAAGCUGCUGUUGAAGUCUGGCAUCAAGAAUUUCAGAAAGGUAGCGAUAGUGGAGUAGUUUUAACGUUACUAUUGUCUUAA